AUGACUUCUACAAUGGUCUGGCAACUCGUCUUGUGGUUGACCUUCUUUAGCUGGACCAUCUCUGGCGACGCCGGUCUUGGUGGCGUCCUCGACCCCAGAGCAACUCCGCCGCUGCCCAGCGUAGAUGCCUUCUAUCGGGUCCCCGAUGACGUCGACUCGUACGCCCCAGGCGCCAUUAUCCGGCAUCGCCCGCCUCCAAACCCCAUUGCGGUGGUUGAUGCGAGCUACCAGCUCCUCUACCGGACCACAGACAGUCUCAACAACGCCACGGCCACGGUGCUCACCGUCCUCGUCCCUCGCAACGCAAACUUCAACAAGGUCCUCUCAUACCAAGUGAUAGAUGAUGCGGCAAGCAUCAACUGCGCCCCGUCGUACGCAUUCCAGCUGGGCGCCGACGGCGGGACGUCCACCACUGAGGCAGAGCUGCUGCUCGUCGAAGCAGCUCUCGAGCAGGGCUGGGUCGUCAUCGUCCCCGACUACCUGGGGCCGAGGGGGGCCUUCCUCGCCAACGCGCUCUCGGGCCAGGCGGUGCUGGACGGCAUCCGCGCGGCCAGGAACUCGGGCUCCAUGACGGGCAUCGGCGGGAGCCCCACCCCGUCGUACGCACCGGAGCUGGCCAUUGCCGGCGCGGCGGGCGGCGGCCCCGUGCCCAACAUCACCACCGUGCUGGCCCAGGUCGACGGCACCGGCUUCGCCGGCCUCAUCCCCGCCGGCAUCCUCGGCCUCGCCCACCAGUACCCCGAGCUCGAGGCCCUUUUGCAAAAGCACAUCCUGCCCCAGUACAAGGACGACUUCUACAAGGCCGCCAGCCUGUGCCUGGCGGGGGACAUCAAGGAGUACAGCGGCAAGAACCUGACGCAGUGGGUGGACGACCCUACGCUGCUCCACGCGGAUCCCACCGUGCUCGGGAUCUCGAGGGAAAACGACCUGGGGCAGCGCGCCCCCAAGGCGCCGCUGCUCGUGUACAAGGCCACCCACGACGAGAUUAGCCCCGUGGCCGAAACGGACGCCCUCGUGGAAUGGUACUGCGAGAGCGGCACGGCCGUCGAGUACCUGCGGGACGAGAGCACCAACCACGAGACCUUGGCGAUUGCAGGCGUGCCAAAGGCGCUUGCCUGGCUGCGGGCGAGGAUGGAUGGCCAGGGCCACCAGACGGCCUGCUCGACGAGGACGGUCUACUCUGUCUUGCUGGAUCGCGAUUCCCUGGCCAUUUUGCCGAGGGCCACUCUUGAUGCGUUCCUGGACCUGCUGGGGAAGCGCCCAGGGCCGUUGAUUAAAUGGUUGAAAGACGUCGGCCCUUGCGAGGACGCCAGACCACAGCUCGGCUCAACGCGUCCAACUGCCCUGUGUUGGUUGCAUCAUGGUCUCUUGACUGAACGCGUGUCACGCCCGACCAAGUUGUUGAAUUUGCCAAAAGGCCUCGAGAAUUCGUCAUGCCACGCUCAGAUCCCCGUGGCCCAGGCAGAAACAUCGACGGCCAACGCAGGCUGCAACAGCCCUCCAGCAUCAGACCACCCCGCGAAGCACAUGCGCAGCCCCGACGCCGUCUCGUCGGCACAUGUCAACAAACUGGCAGCGACGUCUGGUACGGAGCAACCCAGGGCAACCCGGACGCUCCGUUUGGAACGGAUCCAAGGAACCACUUCAAGCUCCGGCGGACGGGGGUCUCUGGUCACUGGCCCCAGGCAGGUUCGCGAACCUGGCCAUUUGCGUCGCAGCGAUUCCCAGGGUGGGCCAGCGAUCGGGCCCUUUUUUCCCACAUUCAAUGUUCUCCCCAGCUUUCGUGGAGAGGCGAGCUUUGUGGCGAACCAGGCACAGCUGGAGCCGGACCCGCGGGGCGACGGCCAAACAAGGAGUCGACAAAUCGCAUUCGCAGGAUAG